CAUUCCUUCUGCUUAGGUUUCUUACUUCUAGCGCAUGCUAUGGGGAGCGUCGCUAGACUCGAUUUCUCUCAGUGUCUGAGUGGAAUUGUGGAGAAUGCGACUGCGACCCAAAAUUUGACUGGUCUACUAAAUGGCAACGGAGAUCCCGUGUCGAAUGUUUCUGACGCGACGGCGAUCACCUAUUCGCUGUGCACAUCUGUCUGUGGGACUGGACAGGAACCUUUCCAGUGGCCUGUAUUUUCGCAAGAUUUCAGUUCGUGGCUACUACCAAACCUUGCACUAAUUUCGCAGCUCCCUUUUGGGGCACAGUACAGGCUUGAUAACCUCAUGUCUGCUGUGUUGACCGUCGGGUCACCAGUACUUGCUGGUUACUCUCUGUUCAUCACCCUCCUCAAUUCUCGCUGGAUUAACCGCCGAUUUAGUCAAGCGGUAGACUAUCCUAAUUCAUGUUUCGCAGUCUCUAUCUUGAGCAGCCUUCAGCAAGUCCCGCUAAGACUGCAUCUCGAUCGUGCACACUUCCCCUCCCUCAUUGUCCUUCCAGAAAACGACACUUGGUGGAAAUAUUUCUCUGAAUUGGUGGACUACACUCAUACAUGGUCAAUUGCGUCCGCGACUUCCAUCACCUGGGUCGUUGUCGCCUUCAUUCUGACAUUAGCCAACUCACCAUGGAAUGAUUACACAAACACACAAGCAGACGGCGACGCCACCAUUUCAAUGUGGCUCUGGUUGAUUCCAAUAGUUGUUGGAUGGCUGCAGCUUUCCCCGAGAUGCGAUUUUGAUCGCUUGCAAUCUGCGUAUGAUCGUGCCGACCAAUAUGCACGUACGGGAAUAGCGGAUACUCAUACAGGAAUACCACCUGCAUCCACCCGGAGAGCUUUAGCAAUAACUGCUAUGGACGAGGAUGUGAUGUCUCCAGACGAACUCCUCACCCCUCCGGUGUUCAAUUACUCACGUUCGCUGCGAUGGGCAUAUACAGCACAGAUGAUCUUCCUGAUGUACAAAGCGGCAUCAGAGAAGGCUCAAGCCCGUAUUCCCGUUCGUUUUGGGAGCGGGUGGGUUGAGUCCAACACUAUCAAAACCAUCCACCCCAGCAAUCGAUAUGGGACACCUCAGGAAAUCACCGCUUACUGUGCGCAGCCAGAUGGUGCAAAGCACAGUCAUUGGGCGCCUGGCGUGUUCACAAGAAUCUUUGCCGCUUCAUGUGUUGCGCUUGCAUUACAAUGGGGAACAGUCGGAGGGGCAGUGAUCUUGGCAUAUUUCACUCCUACGACAGGCAUUGGGUGUCGAUCUCUGAGUUACCUCGUUUACGCGGGCCUAUCAACCUUAGUUUGGAUGCUGCUCCUGAUGUCCAGUAUUCUCGCCCACUACUCUGCAGCUUAUUCCCGCCGAGCGUCACUGUCUGCACGUGCUGCUCUGGCAUUAUCGCACUGCCUGAGAAGAAUGGGCAGACUGUUGGCCAUUGCAAACUCUAUCUGGGUGGUCACGGCAUGUAUCUUUCAGUAUUCCAGCUUCUACGAUACAUGCUUCUGCAAAUCCAGCGUGAUUGGUAGGGGAAAGGCUGCAUACACUGUGAUCAUCGAAAGCACAGCCCAAGCCGCACAGGUUAAGGCUGCCUGGAUCGGCUCCAUUGUCCUGGCAUCUGGCUCGGCGUUAAUUUUCAUUGGACUCGUGAAUCUUCUAUUGGAU